AUGGCUUUCAUCUCUGAUGCCUCGUCUCUCACUUUCCGCCAUGACAACGAGACCUUACGCUUAGACGCAUGGGGCCCAAAUGCAAUUCGUGUCCGUUCCACGCGUGAGCCGUCAUUCCCCGCAGAUAAUUGGGCUCUUGAUGAAACCGUGCCCGCGCCUGCGAAGCUUUCUAUCGCGCACGACAAGACUGGUACCCUGAGCAACGGCAAAAUCACCGCCACUUUAUCGGCUCGUGGUAAGCUUCUCCUUACCAAUCAGAAAGGGGAGAUAAUCUUGGAGGAGUUUUCGCGCAGCCGUGUCGACCCAACGGAUCCCAAGGCCAGCGCUCUACGCAUAGAGCCUAGAGAGUUCAAGCCACGAUUAGGAUCCGAAUCAUGGCACGUCACUGCCAGAUUUGAGUCUCUUGAUCCGAACGAAAAGAUCUAUGGCAUGGGUCAGUACCAGCAGCCUUAUCUGAAUCUCAAGGGCGCCGACCUAGAGCUUGCCCAGCGCAAUUCGCAGGCCAGCAUCCCAUUCGCCAUUUCCUCACUUGGGUACGGCUUCCUGUGGAAUAACCCAUCCGUUGGCCGCGCAGUUUUUGGCAAGAAUAUGACGACAUUUGAGGCAACAUCCAGUCGCGUCUUGGACUACUGGGUCAUUGCUGGAGACACACCCGAGGAAAUUCUGAGAGCAUACACGGACGUCACGGGCAAAGUCCCCGAAAUGCCUGAGUAUGGCCUUGGAUUCUGGCAGUGCAAACUGCGCUAUCAGACUCAAGAGGAGAUUUUGAAUGUCGCUCGCAAGCACAAGACAGAACUCGGCCUCCCGAUGGAUGUUAUUGUUGUGGACUUCUUCCACUGGCCUAAGGAAGGUGAAUGGAAGUUUGACCCAACGUUUUGGCCUGACCCUGAGGCCAUGAUUGCCGAGCUCAAGUCUCUCGGGAUUGAGCUCAUGGUCUCAAUAUGGCCUACCGUCGACCGGCUUUCAGAGAACUACGAGGAAAUGAUCACUAAGGGGCUUCUGAUCCGCCAAGACCGCGGUGUGACCCUUGCCAUGGAAGGCCAUACUAGUUGCAGCCAUUUUGAUGCCACGAACCCCGCCGCGCGCUCUUACGUUUGGUCCAAGGUCAAAGCCAACUACUUUGACAAGGGGGUUAGGGUCUUCUGGCUUGACGAAGCGGAACCUGAAUAUACAAUAUACGACUUCGACAACUAUCGCUACUACAAGGGCCCGAACCAGAUGAUUGGAAACUCAUAUCCAAAGUUCUACAGCCAAGGCUUUUACGAGGGAAUGAGAGAGGCUGGGCAGGACAAGGUCUUGAAUCUUGUCCGAUGUGCCUGGGCGGGUAGCCAGAAGUACGGUGCACUGCUCUGGUCUGGAGAUAUCGCUAGUAGCUGGGGAACCUUUCGCGACCAGCUUGCCGCUGGCUUGAACGCAGGUCUGGCGGGAAUCUCAUGGUGGACCACUGAUAUUGGCGGAUUCCACGGAGGUGACCCCAACGACCCUGACUUCAGAGAGCUCUUUGUUAGGUGGUUCCAAUGGGGUGCCUUUUGUCCCGUUUUCCGCCUUCAUGGUGACCGAGAGCCUCGCCAGCCACAAUUCGGUAACUCGGGAGGAAGCUGGUGUGCUUCGGGCGCAGACAACGAGGUCUGGUCAUAUGGCGAGGAAGUUUUUGCUAUUUGCAAGGCCUACAUCCUACUCCGUGAGAAGCUCAGAGACUACAUUCGUGGUGUCAUGAAUGAGUCCCACACCAAAGGUGACCCCAUUAUUCGACCAUUGUUCUACAACUUCCCCAAAGACAAGAAGGCAUGGGAGGUGGAAGAUCAAUACAUGUUCGGAAGCAAAUAUCUCGUUGCUCCUGUUCUCAAGCACGGUCAGCGAGAGCGCCGUGUAUAUUUGCCUGAGGGUGCGUCGUGGAAGCAGUUUACAGCCGCGGGCGAGGUGACAGGAGAGGCAAAGAAGGGUGGGGAGACGAUUGAAGUUGAUUGUCCUAUCGGAUACAUGCCUGUUUUUGAGCAUAUGUGA